AUGUUGCUGAACGUGGUGUUGGGCUUCCUGUGUGGCGGCUUUGCUUUGGCGGCUGGAAACGACCCGGCGACUCAGGGCCCGCCCCCGCUUUUGCUCGUGUCUUUUGACGGUUUCCGUGCCGACUACCUGAAGAGGUUUCACAUGCCCAACCUGGAGCUUCUGUACAGCCAGGGGGUUCUGGUGGAGCAGCUCACCAACGUCUUCAUCACCAAGACGUUUCCCAACCACUACAGCCUGGUGACCGGGCUGUACGCGGAGUCUCACGGCGUCCUGGCCAGCAGCAUGUACGACCCCGUCAGCCACAAGCACUUCAGCCUGCGGAACGACAGCGACCCCUGGUGGUGGAGCGAGGCGGAGCCCCUCUGGCUCACCGCGCUGGACUCGGGCUAUGAGACGGCGGCCAUGAUGUGGCCCGGCUCCGACGUCGCCAUCGGCAACCGCACGGCGACGCACUUCCUCCCGUACGACGCCGCCGUCACCUUCCGCCAGCGGCUGGGAAACGUCACCAGCUGGAUGGCGGGAAACGGAAAGGAGAAGGGCGCCAUGUUCGCGGCGCUUUACUGGGAGGAGCCGGACCGCUCGGGCCACGCCUUCGGCCCCGACAACAACACCGCCAUGGCCGCCGUGCUGAAGGAGGUGGACGACUGCGUGGGGCUAAUGGUGUCGGAGCUCCGGCGGGUCGGCCUCUGGGGGAAACUCAACCUGGUGGUCACCAGCGACCACGGCAUGGCGCAGUGCUCCGCCCAGCGCCUCAUCCGAUUGGACGACUGCCUCCACCCCGACAACUACACCCUGGUGGACCUCACGCCCGUGGCAGCCCUCAUCCCAAACACAGACCCAGAGGCUGUUUUCGGCCUGCUGAACGGGUGCCACCCCCACAUGACGGCGUACCUGAAGAAGGCCAUCCCCGAGAGGCUCCAUUACCGCGACAACGAGCGCAUCCAGCCCAUCAUACUCAUCGCUGACGAGGGCUGGACCAUCGUUCAGCGAGGGAACAAACUCCCCAGAUACCCAGAGGCUGUUUUCGGCCUGCUGAACGGGUGCCACCCCCACAUGACGGCGUACCUGAAGAAGGCCAUCCCCGAGCGGCUCCAUUACCGCGACAACGAGCGCAUCCAGCCCAUCAUACUGAUCGCUGACGAGGGCUGGACCAUCGUUCAGCGAGGGAACAAACUCCCCAGAUGUGAGAUCUCCACAGGAAUAGUUACAUCCAACUCAAACCAAAACCUGGUCAACAUCUCAAUCAAAAGAAGCCACGCUGAAUGA